AUGUCCGGUAGCACAGCAAGGAAGGUCCAACCGUUCACUAUUAGCACCAAAUUAUCUCUGCCCAAGUGUGCCCUGGAAUUUCCAAGAGACAGCUGUACUGACAUUCCUCUUGCUGCUCUGAAUAACCGUGACUUGCACCAAAACCUCAAUGAGUGUGUCUCCCUGUAUCUGGCUCAGACAUCUCUGGAGCCUGCUGAAGGAAGAUUUAAAAGCGCUAGUCCUAUUGAAGAGGUGAUUGCCAAUGAUGAUUGUAUCAAUAGCAAUUCGCUGUCCCGUUCCAUUAAGAAGAUUACUUUGUCCAAUUGGCAUGGAAAAGAUGGCUUAGGGGAAGAAGGGAUAUUCAGAGGCCAUUCCCACACCAGUGCGGAGAAAAACUACAACAACAACAACUGCAAGGCAGGAAAAGCACAAUUCAAGGUGUUCCUCAGAAAAGAAGUGGAACCAAAGGAAGAAAAACAGAAUGUGAGAAGCCCCCAGUCUUGUGACAAUUCUCUAGUUGGCAGAAUUGCACCUUUUGUGACUGCAAGCUCUGCUGCAGCAUCUCCUUGGAAAGAGAGCACCAAAAAUACCAAACCAGGCACAGUAGUGGAGCUGAAGCCCUGCGCAGAAAGCAGCACAGGAGUGGCAGACCUAUCCAAGUGGAGCCUUCUCCUAGCCCAGUUCAACUGUGACAUGGUGCAGGCUGAAAAAUGGAUGCGUGGAAAACUCCAUGACCUGAAAGAUGGUUGCAGAUUUCAGGAAUGGGAGCAGAUAGCUCAGAUAUUACAGAGAGAUAUGAAGGAUUUUGAGAAUACCAUCAUCAAACUGAACCAGAUGGGUGAGCAGCUGAUGAUCCAGUCAAAAUCCAGCACAGAGAUAGGGAGACGACUACAGACCCUGCAAGAACAAUGGCAAAUGCUGAAGCACAUGGCAGCCAAUCAGACUAAAACAGUAGCUGGAUUCAAGAGCCUACAGGAGUUCAACCAGAAAGCUGAACAACUAGAAGCCUGGAUCAGGCAAAAGGAAGAGAAGCCUUUGCUAGCUAUUUUACUGCAAGAGAAGGCAGAUAAGGUACAAAUUACCCGGCAGAUCCUUGACUUAAAGCAGGAGGAGCUGCAAUUCCAAGCUGUGCAUGAGGAAUUGAAUAGUCUGGCUCAGAAGCUUGAGAAACAAGGGAAGAGUGAAAGCAGAAGUAUCAUGGCACGACGCAAGUACCUCAAUAAAAUGUGGCUUCAGCUCCAGAGGACAUUAAAGGAACAUCAUGAAACCUUGCAACAGGCACUAGAAGCAGCUUCUUUCCUUCAGCAAGCAGAUGUGCUCCUUUCAGUCAUUCAUGCAAAGUUGAGGCAUUUUUAUGGAGAAAGAAAACAGAAUGAAUUUGAGUCAAAUCCAGACAUGGAUAUCCGGGAUAUUGCCAGCCAGGUAAUGAUGCUAGAUGUGACCAUGUCACAGCUUAUAAGCCUUCACCCCAGUCUGGCAGCACAAGUGUCCCUCAAACAUCAAGAUAUUAAGGAGAACUGGGCCCGUUUACAGCAACUGUUGAGGAGUGAUAACCCCACACAAUUGGCUUUAACAAAGGAAUUUAUAGAUUCAAGUUCUAAUCAGGUACUGACUACAAAUACAAAGAGUCCAGAACAAGAUCCAGAAGGAAAGCUAGUAUGGGAGGUGCAAAAGAACAUUCCAGAAAUCACAGUACAAGGUGUAAGAAGCCAAGAGAACAACUCAGAUUUCUUAGGAAGAGAAGCCAUCAACAGUGAUAGCAAGAGGAGGAGGAAGUUUCCCAGACAGCCAAAGUCUUUAAAGGAUCUGCCUCAGCAAGAGACACACCUUCAGGACAUCUGCCAGGAUGCUGAUCGGGAAAUACAGCAGUUGCUACAUACUGAUCACAGGUGGAGUCCAGAAAUGGAAGAUGCCCUUGAGGAGCUAGGAGAAUUAUGGGCUGAAUUAAAAAAAAGGCAUCAGGAAAAUGGCAAGGCAUUGCAAGAAAUUGACACAGCUUUGCAGCUGGUUGGGGAGCUAGAAGCUGCUGAGUGUUGGCUGGAAACUGUGGCAGGCUUGCUCUCUGAGCCAAGAGCAACAAAGAACCUAGAUGACCUCCAGAGGGAUCUGCAAAAAGUUGGCACCUUGAAGAACAAAGCUGGAGCAUGGGCUACUAAGAUUCACACUCUGCAGGAAGAGAUGCAGAUGGUGUCCUCCUCUGAACACACAGCAGCUGCAAUGAUUCAGAGAAAAAUGAGACGAGUAAAAGAAAAGCUGGCCUGUGUGCAGGAAGCCCUCCAGCACCAAGCAUCCAAUUUACAUGAUUCCCUGAUUUUAAUGGAGUUCUUACAGAAUGUCCAGAUGGAUCAAAGAAACCAAAUAAAGGGUGUACCAAACCAGUUCAGUUCCCCAGAACCUUUGCACCUUGUCUUUGCCCAAAGCGCUCAACAGGGGAGCAGUAAGGAUAUGAGUAGACCACUAAAGGAAUUACAAGAAGCAGUGGAAAUGCUGAACAAUGUAGUGAAGGAACGAGAGCAGGCCUUGAAGGCGGCGACUGAAACCGAGAGCCUGGAGUGCUUUACUCCCGUCAUGAAAGAUAAGGAGGAAAUUGGGCUGAGCUGGGUUACCUCACAGAUUGAAACAAUCCGUGAGAGAGCAGAAAUACUGGCUGAGGACCUCAUCCAAGCAGAGAGGAGUUUUACUACAGUCAAAAGCGAGAUGGAUCUGCUUGAUGUGCAGGGCAUACAGGAAAGGCAAGAAGAGAUAGAGAGUGAUAUGUCUCAGCUGGAAGGAAAUAUAGAGGACCUGGAAAGAGCAGUUACUCACCUGGUUCAAACUGAUGACUCCAAACCGAUUCUUGAAAUAUUAGAGGCUUGGAAAGAUCUCCAAAAACUGGUGCUAGAAAAUUCAGUUCAUGGACAGCAGACUGUUCGCUUAUGGCAAUUCUUUAAAGGCUACCUGGCCAUUAUCUCUUGGACAGAGGACACCCGGGCACAAAUUUUCUCAGAGAAUCUGAAUUCUCAAGGCCUUUCAGAAGCCCCCUGGGAGAAUCUGAAGGAUAGUAUGGAGGCUAAGUUCAAGGAAUUUGAAGAGCUGGCAGCAUCAGGGUGGGACCUGGUAACUGAAGGACACUGCUUGAGUAAAACGAUAAAGGAGCGAAUGGAGGAGCUACAGAACAUGCUGGGAUGGGUAAUGGUACGGUAUCAAGCACAGUGUUCCCCAAGGCACCCUGGAAACCAGAAUGAUGAGCCAGAGACUCGGGAUAGCACUCUAAACGUGCCUCAGAACCUUCAAAUUGAGCUCGAUUCUAGAGCUGAUGUGAUUGAAACAGAUGGUAUCCUGAACUCUAAGGUGUUAACGAAAUGUUCAGCAGGAGAGUACCAUAAACAACACAAUGAACCAGUCUCCACUGCAUUUGCACUAAAUGUUCUUCCAGGGUACAAACAGAGCUUGGAAGAAUCAGGAAAUGGUUUACCCUUUGAGGUGGACGUCCCCAAGGGAACGCUAGUUCUAGAACCCUCAGAGACCCCAGUGUUACUUUUGCCACAAGCAGCCCCUGGCAGUUUGGGGAGCACGGUGAGCUUGAUCUUGAGCAUUGAAAAGGAAGGGCAGACAAAGGCUGCAGGAAGCCAGACUGCCUCUUCACCAACUGCAGAACAAGAGACUUCACACAAGGUGAGCACCUAUCUACAUGUAAAGGAGAAAGAUGGAUGUAGAAAUCAAGAUGCCAACUUUGGAAAUUCAGCCUUCAUAGCAGAAUCCGUUAAACAAGAGCCUCCCAGAAUUCCUUCUUUCCCAUUUUCCAGGGUAGAAUGGAGCAAAGCAACCUCUCACACAUUCCCCAAGAUUAGUUCCAGCUGCUCCUCAAAAAGCCCAAACGGAAAAGCCGAAGCAAGAGCAGGAGAUAUUCAGUGGCUCACAUCGCAAAGGAUUAUGGGUACAAAAGCAAACUGUCUGCAAGAAGGGAAGCAUAGCACUUGGCCACCUCGAUGCAGCCGGAGGGUGCAAGUCCUGCAGGCAUUGUCCUUACCACAAAGAGAGCUGAUGGAUUAUGUGAAGAAUCCACUAGAAUGGGCUAUUGAUGCCGAAUGUGAUUUAGCUAGAGAAACAUCUGGAAAGUGCACAUUCCAGAAACAAAACAAAAGUCUCCAUAGUCACCACUCAUCCACAGAAAAGAUGAACGCGUGUCAGCAUCUUUCCCUGGGAUCUGUUUUGAGCCUGGAACUUCCCAAGGACCUCAGUGCUCUUAGAAAUGUCCAUGACAUUGUCAAGGUAGCAAAGAAAGAGCUAGCAGAAAGGAAGGGAGAAAACCAGGUGAAACAAGGGGCCCAAAGAAGUACAGAAGAGGCAAAGUCACCUGAGACCAGUAUCAGCCUGGAGAAGGAAACCAUAAGAGGACAGCGAGUAAUGCAUUCAAAGCUCAUGAGAGUAGAGGAUGGUUCUCAUAAGCUCCCCAAGACUAAGAAAGGCACUUGGUUUGAAGAAGUGAACAUCAACCCAACCCAUGGUAGGCAGAAAGCUUACUCUGUUGCUUCUACUGAAGAGGUGAGGCUGCAUCCUACAAGUCAAAACAAUUCCAGUGAUGAUUUUUUUUAUUUCAAGCAGAAUAAACCAUCUCAUAUCGGUGGACUGCAUGAGCAGAUAGGUUUGGAAUGGGAUAAACUAGCUGCCUCGCUGAGUAGAAUGGGUAGUUCCAAAGAGAAGCAAGUAAAAGGUGUAGAUGAUAAGAGAGUCAAAGUUCAAGAGGCUUUGAGGUUGAAAUUGAAGCCUUCCUCUGCUGAAUCUACAAGCAACCCUGAUUUAGUUUCUCAUCUAACCAGAAUUAAAGAUCCUUUAGUGAACGAGACACCAGAAAAAGAAAAUGCCCAGUGCUCGGAAGAAAGCAUGUCAAGACACCCGCCUUCAUUUCUGCACUUGGGACAUAAAUCCCCCACCGAACCUUCUAAGCUUGAUUGCGAGUUGGGCUAUGAGGAAAACACUCUGAGUAACCCAGAACUUUGCCCUUUCAAUUUGACUCCAUGGGCAGAGGUAGCCAAAGGAACAAAGUUGCAAGACAUGGCAGUAGAGGUUCGUCACCCUGCUCAUGAGAUGUUUGAGGAGGAGGAAGAAGAGCUGCAGGCCAUAUGGAAUAAUAUGGAGAAGCAUAAAAAAGGGUCAGAUGUCCCUGGUGACCCAGGGAGAAAAAAGGACAAAGAACAAAGCCUGGGCAGUUCAGGUGGGAAGCUUCUCCUGACAUCUGCAGAUAAUUGGUUGAUAGCCAAAUUCAAGCUUCCCACUUCUGCUGAAAUGUUACAGAAUUCAGAAGGAGAAAGAAGGACCGGUCUUGGGGUUGACAAGAGGAAAAACGGACCAAAUCAGUGCAGCAAAGCAGAUAUAUCUAUUUGCCAGGAGCUAAAUAAAGAGGCAGCAGCUUCACCCGGAGAAUUGUCACUGCAAAAAAUAUGUCCAGCGGAUCAACAGAAAUUCCAAGAAGAAAGCAAAAGUGUUUGCAAGACUCUUCCAAGUAAAUUGGAACUUCAGAUGAUGGAAGGACCUCUGGAAAGAAAGAACCUGUUGCAGGCAGGGGGCAGAAAGGACAAGAAAGAUACCCUCAAGAGCUCUGUGACGGCCUUACCGUUGAACUUGUCUGGAGCUGUUUGCACCCUGGAAACAGAAUACACCAAAAAGAGCAAUUGUUUCACAUUACAGUUGAGUGAUGGCUCCAAGUAUCUUCUCAGAGCUCCAACUGAACCACUCAUGAAAGAAUGGGUCACCAAAUUACAGCAAAACUCAGGUUUACCUGAAAUGGAUUUCUUCCCAUCAUCUUCCCAGCCUGCUCAAGGGAUGACCUCUGUGGUUAGUGCAAUUGCUGGCCAAGGAGUUUCCCACUUCCAGAGCUUUCAGAAAAAGCUUCCAACUAAGAGUCAUGAAAUCAGAUUUCUGCCCAAGCCAAGCAUAAAGCUGCAGUUGCCUUAUAUUGCUCGCAGUGAACCACUGGAUACAACAGGAAAUGGCCUCAGAGCUGCACCUAUUUAUACCACAGAACAGAAUCUAAAGCAGUGUUCUCCUCCUUUGGAGUCAGCAUGGUCACAAGAGACUCCGUUCUGUCAGGAAGAUGACUGUGGACUGGUGACAAGCAAAAGGCGAUCAUAUUCGUUCACCUCAGCUACAUAUCAGAAGAUCACACCUUUAUCGAAGUCUAAAGAACCCAACAACUACUCUGUUACUCUGUACAUUGGUGAGCAGACUCCAUCUACUCCUCCCCGGCCCCGUUGCCACUCCUUCAUAGCUACUCCUGGUGGAGCCCGAGAAAUGGUAGGUGAGCAAAACCAAGGUGCUUCACCUAGCCAGAAGAACAAAUCCGUCUUCAGGAAAUUCUUUGGGAAGAAAGACUGAAUUUUGAAGAAAUGGGGACUGUGGUACUAACUGCUGGCAGUGAAGUGUCCUUUGCUGGACAGGCUGAGAGUCCUGACUGUUUCAAGAGGUUCUGCUACUCUGCACUGGCUCUCUCCCAAGAGGGCAGAAAUUGAAGGAGGGGGGAUAGGUUUUGCUUGGUAAAAUACUCAAUUCUCUAUUCACCCCCCGAAAGAAAUCAGCUGAUGGAGUGGAGGGGCAGACCAGCAAAACAACAAGGACCCUUCAUUCAUUUUGAGGCAUAAUAUUAUGUAAUUUCAAUUAUUACAGGGACUUUCUCUGCAGUGGCAGAAUAACACCUUUCUUUGACACAGAUACAAUCAGGUAGUACAUUCCGAGACACAAAUGUUAUUAAUACUAUAUUUGUAUUCAGCCUAAAGAUGGAGGAAGAAAUUAUGUUCCUUCAAGUCCUUCCUAACAAAUCUGUGCAUAAUUCAUGACAGGAUCAAAAAGCAAAGCAGUUCUUAGAUCCAAUUAUCCAAGCCAUGGAAUUUUUCCGGGCUGAAGGUUGCUCAGCUUUUUCACUUGGCUGCUACUUUUGUGCCUUUAACCCGUCUGCAGACAUUAGCAAGUAAUAAUUAUGUGCUUCAUGCAGAGAGAGGAUUUCUCUUUUCUGUUUUUAUUGUUCUUUUUUUAUAAAUCAAGCUGCUGUAAACACAGACACCCCAAAACAGGUCACAGCAGGAUUUUUUCUGGUCAGUUGACAACAGAAGCCUGGUCUUUUACAGGGAAAAAAAGAACUUAAAACACCAAUUUAAAAUCAGCAUAUAUGUGAACUACAGUUAUUUUGAGGCUGGUGAAAACUCCUGCAAGAUUUUUUUUUUUCAGAUAUUGAAGAGAGCCAUAUGCCUUUAACUGUUCAGUGUGGAGUAUUAUGCCAAGAAGUUCCUUGUCAUUUAGUUUUCCUUCGUUCAGCAACAUUUAAGGCUGAUUUAAUAGCCAAUUGCAUCUCCUGGAGAAAUAUUAACACCAUAUUAAAACACCAGUUAGUCUCUGUGCUUUCAUUCAAAAUGCAUUAGAGUUAACUGAGUUAUGCUUUAACCGCCAGGCUGCUACUGCACUUAAGAUACCCAGACACAUGCUGCACUCCAUUUAAAAGAAUGGUAUUGGUCCUCCAAAUAAAACAGGAAAGUUAUGGAAUGUACUUUGUAGUCCAUCUGGAGAGCAAAAUGGCACUCUGUGCAAAAACCUGAAGUACAGCCUUUGCUAGAAUCCAAGGUAAUAGCUCAGCAUCUGCUGCUUCCAAAAUA